AGAACAGCGAGCGUUAAGGUUUACUUCGUGUUUCACUGGUACAAAGACGAAUACAGGUCGCAAAGCAUUCAACUCAAGAGCUCUGAAGCUGUGCAAUGACCUGCAUCCAUCUGUGAAGAAGGCACCCUCUCCUGCGGUUUAUAAGCGAGAAUGAUAACAUCCAAUACCACUUUGGGUGUCAACAUUUCCGACGACAGCCAGCUUACAAUUCGGCCAGAAACCACGGCUGAAAUUUUUUCUGAUAUUUUAGUCAUAAUUACCAUGGUACCAUCCACAUUGUUUGCAUGUUUAAUGACAUUUACAUUUUUUUGUGAAGUUAAAUUGAAAGAAAACUCUAAAUACAUAUUUUUUAUAAACUUGGUUAUUAGUGACAGCAUUUUUUUAUUCAUCGUUGACGUUUCUUCUAUUUUGUUUAUAUUUAGGGCUAGCUUUAAUGUUGGAGGCUGCUCCUUCUAUAUCAAUUUUUAUCGAGGAUUAUUCAAUAAUGGAGUCGCUUGCAUCUCCUUAAUGGCCAUAGAGAGAUUUGUUGCCAUAUGCCACCCAUUGCGUUAUCACAACAUCUUUAACCAAAAAUCUACUCUCAGAUGCCUUGGUAUUAUUUGGUUUAUUUCAUUCUUUUUUCCUGUUGUAGAAAUUAUAUUUAUGGUUACAACUGAUAACUUGGCAUUUCAACGUGAGAUUGUUGCAUGUGAAGAAGUCAAUAAUUCUAUUUUUGAAAAAAAUUAUGUAAUUAUUGAAUACAUUAGGAAUUGUGUGUUUGUGUUAUUUUUUUCUGGGAGUUUUGUUAUUCUUGUAAGCACAUAUGUUUUGGUUGUAAAAGUGGCUAAGCAAGCCGCUUCUCGUGAGUCUGAGGCAUCGAAAGCCAAACAAACUCUUAGGCUGCAUGCACUCCAGUUAAUAUUAUAUAUGAGUGCUUUUCUAAUCCAACCAUUUCAAACUUUAGCAGAUCUAACUGUGAACGACUCUGACGUGAGGUAUAUGUUAAAAACAUUUUUUUAUUUUGUAUGUUUGUCAGCCAGAUUUUUUAGUCCAUUCAUUUACGGACUGAGAGAUAAGGAUGUUCGCCGGUAUCUAAGACGGAGGGUAUGUUGUGGUCAAAAUGUAUUGAAGGUGAACCCAGAGCACACAAUUUCCCAUGAACACGCGUAAUUAUGCUCAUAUUACCAGCAUUUUAUUCAAUUGAAUUACUCAGCAACAAAAUCACCCCAACCGCAAAAACUUGGAAGGAUCCUUCUGAAUAAUAUGUUUUGAGAUUCCUGGGUCAACAAGAAUAAUAAAAGUAGCCUAUGCAGACUUAUGCCUCUAUAUAACAUAAGGACAAUUACAUGUACAGUAACUCCUCAUUUAACACGGUAGACGCAUUGCUGAAUGUUCUGCGUUCAGAAAAAAAUGUGUUCAGCAAAAACAAUUUCCGCAUAAGUAAUGUAACGACAAAUUUUGGCAAGAUAUGAUGUACGCACAUACAUUAAGAUUGCAAGACAAAUAACUGAAGGUACGCCACCGCGUUACUGUAUCAUAUUACUCUGCCGCGCAGCUCAAGCAAGUAAUUCGUUGUCGACCGCUCAGAAACCGCGUAAUAACGGUGUGAAUUUCUGCGUUAUAAUUGAGUACAUUCCGUGUUGUGUGAAAAGUGUUCUUGAAUGAAAGAACUGCAUUAUAGAGAAAACGCAUUGUGUAACCACACGUUCAGCGAGUACUUGCGUUAUUGUAAAAUAUUGUGUUUAAUUUCAUGUAAAUGUUGAGAUAUUAUUGAUACAGGUUGGAGGGCUUUCUACAAAGAUACGAAUUCCUUCAAUGUAAUGUGAAAAAAAUGUAUAAUAAAACGCGUGAAUAAUUUUUUU